UGUUUAAAAUUGCAAAAUCCUGAGGAAACCACUUCAAGUGUAGUGAUUCCUGUAUUGCAAUAUAAUUAUUAAUUAUCUAAAAUUCAAUCGAAUAAAAAAGAUUGUUCCUCGUAUUUUUUAAAUCCUUUCCUGCAAUCUCAUUUCCUCUUGUUCUAUUUGAAAUUACUUCAUUUUCACUUACGAUUGGAUAGACAUGGCAUAUGCAGUCGUAACAUUCAAUAACAAUGAAGUUUCCGAAGUACCAUCCAAUUGGCUUGAAACAAAUGACGAUGAACCAUCAUGUUGGUGGCCAACAAAUUAUAAAAACAUUAGUACGCUAAUAGCAAAAAAAUCUGAACCAGAUAAAAAGUCGUGGGAUAAUUUGCCUGUGACCAUCGAAAAAUAUUGCACGUCUCUUGAAAAGGCUCGAAAGGUCGCGGAGGAUGCAAAUUAUAUAACUACUGAUGAUGACCAACUCGGAAAAGGGUACAGAAGAGUCAUACCAAAUAGACGAAUAUCGAGCUCCUCAUCCGAUGAUGUCGAAAAUGAAAAUCAAUCUAAAACUUCGAAGUGGAUAAAAAAGCCACGAGACCUGCGUCGAAACAUAUUAUCAGACCUGCCACCGAUUCCAAACAGCUUUGGCGAGAUAUCAAAAUCUGCAAAUUUUCAAAAUUCACACGACGUCGUAGAGGCAAGAGGAUCAAAAAAGCUCACAAAGUCACAUAUCAUAAGUAAGAGUCUGAAUAGUUGACUUAUAAUUUUAAGACAAU